CCCACUGCAUCCCACCGAUACUAUUCUGACCCCGCCGCACGCACCCAUACCCAGCAAAGCAAGCCCGCCGAUCCGGCUCGGUCGCCGGCGAGGCGAUGGAAUCGGCGGGGAACGACCGGAGGGGCGCGGCACUGGGGGGCCUGGCGGUGCUCCCCGACGAGCUGCUCUGCGCCAUCGUCGACCUCCUCCAGCCCACCGACAUCGGCCGCCUCGCAUGCGUGAGCAGUGUCAUGUACAUACUUUGCAACGAGGAACCUCUCUGGAUGAGUAAAUAUCUUUUUGUUGGUGGUCAUUUUGAGUACAAAGGUUCUUGGAAGAAAACAACGUUGUCUAGGUUGGAUUGCUUCAUUUUCAGGCUUAAUCUUUGCUCCGAAAAAAGUGAGCUUGAGCAGAAGGCUCGUCAUUUUGAUGGAUUCAACUCAUUGUACUUAUACAGGAGAUGGUAUAGAUGUUUUACUACUUUGAGUAGUUAUUCCUUUGACAAUGGCCAUGUGGAAAGAAAGGAUGAUCUUUCUUUGGAUCAUUUCCGUUCUCAGUAUGAUGGAAAAGGCCCAGUUUUGCUUGGUAAGCUGGCUGAAUCCUGGCCAGCGAGGACGAAAUGGUCAAUGCAGCAGCUGGUACAUGAUUAUGGUGAAGUUACAUUUAGGAUAUCACAAAGAAGCCCUAAGAAGAUAAUAAUGAAACUGAAAGACUAUGUUUCUUACAUGGAACUCCAGCAUGAUGAAGACCCUCUUUACAUAUUUGAUGAUAAGUUUGGAGAAUCAGCACCAGCACUAUUGGAAGAUUACAGAGUCCCUCAUUUAUUUCAAGAAGAUCUUUUUGAUGUCUUGGAUUAUGAACAAAGACCAGCUUUCAGAUGGUUCAUUAUUGGACCAGAAAGAUCAGGUGCCUCUUGGCAUGUUGAUCCAGGAUUAACCAGUGCGUGGAAUACUCUUCUUUGUGGCCGAAAAAGAUGGGCACUGUACCCUCCAGGAAGAGUGCCUGGUGGUGUCACAGUGCAUGUAAGUGCUGAAGAUGGUGAUGUUGACAUUGAUACUCCAACAUCUUUGCAGUGGUGGCUUGAUAUCUAUCCUCAUCUUGCCGAACACGAGAAGCCACUGGAAUGCACACAAUUGCCAGGAGAGACUAUAUUUGUUCCUAGUGGAUGGUGGCAUUGUGUUUUAAACCUUGAGACAACAGUUGCAGUUACACAAAAUUUUGUCAAUCAAUCAAAUUUUGAGCAUGUAUGUCUAGACAUGGCACCUGGUCACUGUCACAAAGGAGUUUGUCGUGCUGGCUUACUUGCUGUUCCAGGAAAAUCUGUUAGAGAUAUGGAAAAUCAUCCACCUGGAACAAUUACAUUGAACCACAAUGACAUGACCUGUACAGAAGAAAGACUGAAAGGUUCAGGGUCCGUAAGAGCUUCAAACAGUGAAAGCCAGUAUUCUUCAUUUGAGUUCUCAGAUGUCGACAAAAGUUUGGAGAACCAAGUUUUCUCGUAUGAUAUAGGUUUCUUAUCUCAAUUCCUUGAGAAAGAAAAAGAUCACUAUACUUCUGUCUGGAGUCCUACUAAUCCAAUUGGCCAGAGAGAAGCAAGAGAAUGGCUGCGAAGGUUAUGGGUUCUUAAACCUGAACUGAGAGGACUAAUAUGGAAGGGUGCAUGCCUAGCAAUAAAUGUGGACAAAUGGUAUGCAUGCUUAGAGGAAAUAAGGGCAUGCCAUAGUUUACCGGCACCGUCAGAGGAUGAGAAGCUUCCUGUUGGGACAGGUAGCAACCCAGUCUUCAUUGUCUCUGACAAUGUGAUUAAAAUCAAUGCUGAAGGAGGCUUGGGUUAUUCUGCCCAUGGUUUAGGCACAGAGCUUGAGUUCUAUGAUCUUCUGCGAAAAGUAGGCUCGCCUUUGGUCAACCACAUCCCUGAGAUCAUUGCAAGUGGCUUUCUUGUGUACGAAGAUGGCGUCUACAGAACAGUCCCAUGGAAUGGAAAAGGAAUGCCAGAUGUUUUGGCUAAAUACUAUCCUCUGGAGCUUUCUUACGCAAACAGCUGUUUUCCUCUUGGGUUAUGGAGCAAACAACAGUUUGGAAUGGAUGGUUCCGCUGAAUCUUCAAACAGACCUAUUUGGCCUUACAUGGUUACCAGAAAAUGCAAAGGGGAUAUCUUUGCUCAUGUCCGUGAUACAUUGUCCAAGGCUGACCUAUUGAAUCUUGCAUCAUCCUUGGGAGUUCAAAUGCGAAAUAUCCAUUUAUUACCCCUUCCACAUGGGGAAUCAUUACCCGAACCUGAGGACAAUAAUGUGAAAGACAGUGAUCCACCUGAAUGGAAACAAGUAAUUUCUACUCUAAACAGAAGAAAGAAUAAUAUAAAGAAGCACCUAGCUAACUGGGGGGGCACCGUACCAACAGUUUUAAUUGAGAAGGCUGAAGAAUAUCUCCCUCCUGAUAUGAAUUCUCUAAUCAAGUUUGUUAAGGAUGGCGACGGUGACUCGGUGUACACAUUCCCUUCUUGGAUACAUUCAGAUAUUAUGGACGAUAACAUUCUUACUCAGAGGGCUCCCGAAAUGGGUUCCCUCACUGAUACCAAAAGCACUGGUGACGGAGAUCUGGAGAAACUGAAUGAAAUCCAUAUCAUUGACUUCAGUGAUCUGUACAUUGGGGAUCCUCUAUGCGACUUAAUUCCGCUGCACUUGGAUGUUUUCCGUGGUGAUAUUGAUCUUCUGAGGGAGUACCUUAGAAGCUAUCAGCUUCCUUUCCUCAGAGGGAAAUCAAACGACGACAUCUACAAGUCGGUGCAAAAUUCGAAGUUCAGCACCGCAUCAUAUCGCGCGAUGUGCUACUGCAUACUGCACGACGACAACGUCUUGGCGGCUAUAUUUGGCCUGUGGAAGGAGCUGAGGGAUGCAACGUCGUGGGAGGAUGUCGAGCACUUGGUCUGGGAUGACCUGAACCGAUACCAGCAAUCGUCGCCUACACCCUCUAGCUAGCUCACUCGUCACGACUACCAAUACAUACGCUCAAAAGAAAUGGUCCCUUUGGCAUAUUGCCCAGCUUCAUAAGAGCAAAAAAAUAAAAAGUAAUAAGGGGCAAAACAUUUUGUUUACUCUGGGACGGAGAGAGUACUUUUAGAUUGGAAUGUGCACUUUCAUAGUAUGAAACUCACUCGACAUUUCGGCAAAAGAAUUAGGACCUCACUUGCAUUUAACUCCUUUUUAAUCAUGUAAGAUUCAAGAUAGCAUGUAAACUUGUACUAUUUUGUUCUAUACCAAUAUUGUGGACCAGAAAGGAAUUCUAUA